AUGCGGCCGAGCGUUGCCGUGCUGGAAGUAAACUUCGUGCUGCUGUGGACGUGUUGCUUCGAGAUUCGUCUUCAAAUUCCUCAGUUGCUUAAUGUAGACGUGUGCGGUCACUGUACAUGCUUCGUCUGGCAGCUGCCAGUAUUCGACACCCCAAAGCUCGAUGUAGUGCGUAAAACGACAUUGAGAGCUUUGUCGGUGGAUAUAGGUGACAAGUCAGAGGAGGAGAACAAGAAUCGGACAACAGCUAUGCAAGCAAAGCGAAGAGCGGCAGAGGUCAAGAGCAUUGAUGAUUUGUUGAAUCGAAAUGUCGAUCAAGCAAAUCCUGGUGAUUCGGCAUCGUUAUUAGCACAUUUGAUACGUCAAGACGAUGGCAAAUUGCCAAAUAUGCCGAAUGGCUAUCCAUAG